AGCUGAUUCGAGUAGGCGAGUUGUCUUGGGCAUAUAAAGCGAACAUAGAUCUAAUUACUUGCCAUGGCAAUGGAGGGAGAGGUGACCGAGAAGCUGCUGAAAAAAUCGGUAGCAGUGGAAGUUGGUGAUGGUGGUGAGGAUGAGCCACUGAAGGACAGGAUAUGGAGUGAGACCAAGAAGAUGUGGAUUGUCGCGGCGCCUACAAUAUUCACCAGAUUCUCCACCUUUGGGAUUUAUGUCAUCAGCCAAGCUUUUAUCGGCCACAUCGGGUCCACUGAACUGGCUGCCUAUUCUCUUGUCUUCACUGUCCUCCUGAGAUUCGCAAACGGCAUCCUGCUCGGCAUGGCAAGUGCAUUGGAAACCCUAUGUGGCCAGGCCUAUGGCGCGAAACAAUACCACAUGCUUGGAGUGUACCUUCAGAGAUCAUGGAUUGUCCUAACAAUCUGCUCCAUCUUUCUAGUUCCUCUGUUCAUCUUCACUGCGCCACUUUUAAAGGCCUUAGGCCAGGCAGAUAAAAUUGCGGAGGUCGCUGGAGAAAUUUCACUCGGCUUGAUCCCGAUCCUCUUUGCCUUCGUCAUAUCUUUCACCUGCCAAAUGUUUCUCCAAGUGCAGAGUAAGAACAUGAUCAUUGCAUACACAUCGGCGUUCUCAGUGGUGGUUCAUCUAUGCCUCUCGUGGCUAUUGAUUGUGAAAUACAAGUUUGGAAUUCUAGGCGCUAUGGCUUCCACCAUUUUGGCAUAUUGGAUUCCUAAUAUAGGACAACUCAUGUUCGUGAUGUGCGGAGGUUGCCGAGAUACAUGGAAGGGUCUAUCAAGUUUGGCAUUUAAGGACCUCUGGCCAGUGAUCAAGCUCUCGCUAUCAUCUGGCACCAUGCUAUGCCUCGAGUUGUGGUACAACACAGUGUUGGUUCUUCUAACAGGCAACAUGGAAAAUGCGGAGGUUUCCCUCGAUGCACUUGCCAUCUGCCUCAACAUUAGUGGUUGGGAAAUGAUGAUCUCUUUCGGUUUCUUGGCUGCAGCAAGUGUUCGAGUAUCGAAUGAACUAGGAAGAGGGAGCGCAAGAUCAGCAAAGUUCUCGAUCAUGAUGGUAGUGCUCACAUCGUUCGCCAUCGGAUUUGUUCUCUUUGUGUUCUUCCUCUUCUUCAGGGGGCGUCUGGCUUAUAUUUUCACUGAGAGCGGUGAGGUCGCCAAUGCCGUGGCUGAUUUAUCGCCUCUUCUGGCUAUUUCCAUACUUUUGAACAGCGUCCAACUGGUGCUUUCUGGAGUUGCCGUUGGAGCUGGUUGGCAGAGCAUAGUAGCCUAUGUCAACAUCAUAAGCUAUUACCUAGUAGGGAUUCCCGUGGGAGUGGCGCUUGCCUAUUUUCUAAGUAUGCAAGUGAAGGGCUUGUGGAUGGGAAUGCUGUUUGGAACUUUCGUUCAGACUGUAGUACUGAUUGUUAUUACCUACAAAACCGAUUGGGAUAAGCAGGUAUUACUAGCUCAAACACGCGUUAAUGAGUGGUUUGUGGCUGAAGAAGCAUCACGCUAGACCGGCACGGGUGUCUGAUUCAAUCUUUUCUCGUUCUCCUGUUAUUCUUUUGAAGAUAACAAGAAGUUUUGUGUCGCAUUUAAAAAUCUCGAUUCCCAGCAAGGGAACUGACCUUGAGUUUAAUAAGGGAACUGUCCUGUAAAAUGUGUAUCAAAUUGUCAAUUUAAUUAGAUAAGCGUAUGAGUAGUGAAAAUGCUGUCAAAACAUUAGUUAUUCAA